AAGUACUUUUUAAUAUAUACUACCCAGAUUUUAAUACAGAAAUCUACAGCUGUUUUUAGAAAUAAUUAUCUUGCCAACUAUUUUAGUAUAGAUGCUACUAAUACUGUUAGACAAAAGCCUAUUAAAUAUACUUAUAUAAAAUAUUUUUAA